UUCCCGGGCUCCCGCCAGCUCCGGACAAUGAGUCCCCCCACCCCUCCUUCAUGCUAAUGAGCGCUGACGUCACUUCCGCUCCUUCGCGGCCGCCAUUUUGGCCAGGGCAGGAUCGGAGCCGCUGCCGCCGCCGUGCUGUAUUGUCUGCAGGAGGAGGAAGUGCACCCGGCGGAGUCACAGCUGCAGCCACCGGCACCGGGAACUGACUCCACCCCCUUCCCACACACAAACACGGGGCUCAUGCUCAGGCGCAUUGCCUGGCACCCCCAUAUCCCAAGGGGCCAUAGGCUGCCCACCGCCUCGGGCUGACAAGCAACCCCCCGGCUCAGGUGGAUAAAUUCAUUGGCACUUACACUUUUUCCUUGGAUUCCUAUCUGCAGCACCUUGCACUGUGUGGGACAUACAGCAACAAACUGGCGCUCGGAUCAUCAUUUCAAUCUUCCUUAACUUUAUUUUGACAUAAAAGGUAGAAAUUAUGUUCCAGCUUCCCGUUAAUAACCUUGGCAGUUUAAGAAAGGCCAGGAAGACUGUAAAGAAGAUAUUGGGGGACAUUGGUUUGGAAUACUGCAAAGAGCAUGUAGAUGAGUUCAAACAAUUUGAACCAAAUGACUUCUAUGUAAAGAACACAUCAUGGGAUGAUGUGGGACUGUGGGAUCCUUCCCUCACUAAAAAUCAGGAUUACCGGACGAAGCAGUUCUGCUGUAGCCAGUGUCCAUUCUCUUCAAAGUUCUUCUCUGCCUACAAAAGUCACUUUCGAAAUGUUCACAAUGAAGACUUUGAAAACCGAAUCCUCUUGAACUGUCCCUACUGUACUUACAACGGUGACCGAAAGACCUUGGAGAUGCACAUUAAAGUAUUUCAUGCUCCAAAUGCACCUUCGUCAAGUCCCGGCCUUGGUGCUUACAAAGAUAAAAGCAAGCUUGAGAGCCUUAAACCCAAACAAGCUGACAGUGUAGAGCAAGCUGUUUAUUAUUGUAAGAAGUGCACUUACAGAGAUCCUCUCUAUGAGGUAGUUAGAAAGCACAUAUACAGGGAACAUUUUCAACAUGUUGCAGCACCUUACGUUGCAAAGACUGGCGACAAGUCACUUAAUGGAGCAGUGCCCUUGGGGUCAAGCCAACGAGAUGAUGGUGGCAUUCACUGCAAACGUUGUCUCUUUAUGCCGAAGACCUAUGAAGCUUUAGUGCAACAUGUAAUCGAAGACCACGAACGCAUAGGUUAUCAGGUGACUGCUAUGAUUGGGCACACAAAUGUGGUAGUCCCUAGAUCUAAGCCAUUGAUGCUAAUAGCUCCAAAACCACAGGAUAAGAAAACCAUGGGCAUUCCUCAGAGAUUGGGUCAAAUGUCCCCAGGAAACGUCCGAACCCUUCCUUCCCAACAAAUGGUGAAUCGGCUCUCAAUACCAAAGCCUUCAAUGAAUUCUAACAUGAUGUCCAAUGUUCACCUACAACAGAAUAGCUAUGGCGUUAAAAAUAUGCCACCUGCUUACAAUGUUGGGCAGACGGUGCGAAUAGGUAUGGGUGGAAAUUCGGCAGUCUCUAUUCAGCAGCAGUCUAUGAAACAGUUGCUUCCAGGAGGAAACGGUAGAUCGUACACCCUUGGUUCCGAUCAAAGGUCACAAGGUCCAUUAAGGUACUCCCUUCCAUCUGGAAAUUCAGGUCUCUCACAGGGUCAAUUAAAGCCUGCAUCUAUAACGCCAGUUCAUGUAGCAUCGCGAGCAUUAGCUCAAGCCAGUUCAAAGCCACCCACGUCGGCAGCAGCGGCAGCUGCUGCUGCAAAUUCCAACUCGUCCACUCAGAAGUGGAAAAUCUGUACAAUCUGCAACGAGUUAUUCCCUGAAAAUGUGUACAGUGUACAUUUUGAAAAAGAGCACAAGGCCGAAAAGGUGCCUGCCGUUGCCAACUACAUUAUGAAAAUCCACAAUUUCACUAGCAAAUGUCUAUACUGUAACCGUUACUUGCCCACUGAUACUCUGCUCAAUCACAUGCUAAUCCAUGGCCUAUCCUGCCCGUACUGUCGUUCCACUUUUAACGACGUGGAAAAAAUGGCUGCUCACAUGAGAAUGGUUCACGCUAAUGAAGAAAUGGCCCCCAAAACAGAUUCCACUUUGACCUUUGAUUUGACUUUACAACAGGGCAGCCAUACAAAUAUACAUUUACUUGUAACCACUUAUAACCUUAGGGAUGCUCCGGCAGAGUCUGUAGCGUAUCAUGCGCAGAAUCCAAGUGCGUCUCCUAUUCCUCAAAAGACGACACCAAAAACAGUUGAGAAACAGCCCGAACAGCCAGCACCCAUUAAAAAUACUCCACAGGCUGCCGUUCCCUACAAAAAAGAUGUAGGAAAGACACUUUGCCCUCUUUGCUUUUCUAUCUUGAAAGGUCCCAUAUCAGAUGCUCUUGCCCACCAUUUAAGAGAAAGACAUCAAGUCAUUCAGACAGUUCACCCUGUUGAGAAGAAGCUAACAUAUAAAUGCAUUCAUUGUCUUGGUGUCUACACCAGUAAUAUGACUGCCUCAACCAUUACAUUGCAUCUUGUGCAUUGCCGAGGCGUGGGGAAGACACAGAAUGGCCAAGACAAAUCUGUUCCUCCACCAAAAAUUAAUGCAGGUCCUUUACUCUCUCCAAUGAAACGUACCAAUGAUUUUGUGGAGAUGGCUCUUGCAAAGAGGAGGAGAAUGGAAGAUGAUCCAGAUGCACCUGUUAUUUUAGAUGACAAACCAGAAGAACCCGUGGUCUUGGCUUUGGAUCCAAAGGGACAUGAAGAUGAUUCGUACGAAGCACGAAAAGCAUUCCUUACAAAAUAUUUUAACAGACGACCUUACCCCAACCGGCGAGAGAUAGAAAAGCUAGCAGCCAGCUUGUGGUUAUGGAAGAACGACAUUGCUUCCCAUUUCAGCAACAAAAGGAAAAAAUGUGUUAGAGACUGUGAAAGAUAUAAAAUCAGUGUCUUACUUGGAUUUAAUAUGAAUGAGCUCAAUAAAGUAAAACAUGACAUGGCGUUUGGAGCUGAAUGGAUGUUUAAGAAUAUCGAUGAAACGCAACCCAAUGCUAGUAAAACCGUAGACAAGAAAAAAUUAAAUGAAACCAAUUCAUCCGAUAGCUUCAACAAUGAAGAUGACUCCAAUGAAAGUAGCGGUGAGCCAACCCCAGAGAAAAAUAUUCCCACAGACCCUCUGUUAAACAACCAAGAGUCAAGCAUUUCAAUGUCCCCUCUAGAAGCAGUAGAAAAGACCGAAGUAAAGGAUGAGGAUGUAAAGGCAAAAGAUAACGACAUGCCAGAAGCACCACAAGAGAUCGUUUUAGACAACUCAGAUAGUGAUGGUGAUCGGGAGCAGCCUUCCACAUGGAAGGACGAGACCUCACAGCAUGGAAGUGAUACUGGCUCUCAGCAGGCAUCCGAUGUAGAAGACACUACUCCAGACACCAAGCCAGAGAUAUGGGUUAAUGAUUCCAGCCACAGUGAUGAUGCUGCAAGUGCAACGGACCCCUCCAACAAUGAUUCUCCUGUUAUGGAAAUCAAACAGGAGCCGUCAAAGUGGAAAACUAACUCUUUUGAAAAAGUCGAGGAGUUUUGGUCCAAAGACAAGCCUACGUUAUAUCCGAAUUCAACCAGAAAUGACGAAAGCUUGUCUACCCAGCCAAUGGAAUGGCCAAAUAGCACAAAUAACAGCGAAGACGGGGAACAGUUUGAUAUGACUGUUACAGACACUAUGCGCAGCACUCUAACAGGUGUAGGACUCAGUAGUCAAGAAGUAUAAGUUAACUUUUAGGCACCACUGCUGUGUACACCCCCUAUCCCCCCUCCCUCAGUAACUGUUAAAAUAUGUUUUUCAUUACCAGACGGCUAUGCCUAACUUGAACUCUUACAGCCUAUAAGUGAUAGGCCUCCUGUGCAGUGGGAAUCGCCACUGGAAUUCCACAAUUUCUUUGCAGACACAGCUAAGUUGCGCUUGUUAUACCUUCUGUGUUGGGCACAUCAAAAAGUAAGGGAAGAAGAAACGGGAAUAGAACGUACUGUGGAGAUCUUAAAUUUCGUUUCUCUUUCAAAUGUAUGUCCCUAUAACAGGCGGAAAAGUGUUGCGUAGCAAUCUUUUGCCUGCCCCUCAUUUAGCAAAACUGAUUAAAACCAUCCAUUUCUUCCCCCCCCAUAGACAUUAGUGUAACAUGCAGUCUGCCAGCUCGGUGUGUAUAGCAAAAUCUGGGAAUACGUGGAUUGUUUUCCCCUCUGUCGUAUUCAUUCUGAAUAGCUAAAAUGUAUAUUUGUACAGUCUUUUAGACCUAUUCAAAGUGAGGCUUAUGAAAUUGUUCUUGUGUAUCCAAUAUAGAAUUUUUUUUUUAAGUGACGGCCUGCUGUGUAAUAAACGCUGUACUUAGUUUACCUAGCGAGGGGCUUGAAACGGCUAUAGUAAAAGCUUAAAAUAAAAUACAAAAAAGACAAAAAAACAUUUUAAAAAAAAAGUACAUUUUGACAAAGUUAGUUUUUGCAUAUAACAUACACCCUGGCAAGGAACUGUGUCCAGUCAUACAAAUUACCGGACUGUUGUACUAAAUACUUUGGACAACCUCGAUACUGGGAAGAGGUGGCAAACCACUGUUUCGGUAUGGCUGAAAUCUUUCAAGCUAUUUAAGUUAAAUGCAAGAAGCAAGUUUGCAGCUCUUCAUAUUUUUGACACCUUUUAAGAUUCUGUAUAGUAUGUAUUGUGUUUCAAAGUAUCCUACAGAACACAAUGCCGUAUUUUGGAUAUUUAGUUUUCUUAGUUAAUGCCCACAUAGUGUUGAUCAUUUUACACCAUCUAAUAUUCGACACACACCGUUGUAGUAGUAAUACGUGAUCUUUAUUUUCCCUUUGUAUUCAUUUAAGCAUCUAAAUAAAAUGCUGUAUUGUGCUCAAUGUACAUAUGUAUUGCCUUAUUCACAGGAGCUGUUGUGCUUUGUAGAGUAAGACACUUGGAGAAAUUUUUUUUUUUUUCUCGAACGACAAAGUGGUUGGUCCAUUUAUGGUCAAAGGACCAUAUCCAUUUCAACUUAUUAGAACUUACAGGGGAACUGUCAUUGAUAGAAACAUUUUCCAAACUGUAGUGGCUGUUUUCCAAAUUCUCUUGCAAAUCGGUUUUAUAAUAUAAAUGGGUUAUUAGCAUUGUUCCGCAGGCUAACAUUCCUACCUGUUGCUAACGUCCAAAGCAUGGGCUGUCUGUGUUUUGCCAAUCAGUGACUCCUGUUGGUUUCAUCUACAAAAAGCAUUACAGGGGUGGUUCACCUUAGAGUUUACUUUUAGUAUGUUAUAUAAUGGGCAAUUCUACAACUUUUUUAUUUGGUAUUUAUUAUUUAUUUCUUGUAGAUUUUAAAUUAGGGAUGUUCGGAAGGGAAAAUUGUUGAAACAUUUUCGACCUCCGUGGUUACGUGACAAAAAGUCACGUGAUUUUUCAGAUUCAGUUCGGCCAGGAGUAUGGAUUCGGCCGAAUCUGAAUCCUGCCGAAAAAGGCCGAAUCCUGGAUUCAGUGCAUCCCAUUUUAGAUUAUUUGCUCUUUCCAAUGGGGGGGUCAUGGACACCGACAGCCAAAAAACUUUUGCUCUGUGAGGCUACAAUUUUAUUGUUACUGUCACUUUUUUGUAACUUCUGUCCAGGUUCUCUCCUAUUCAUAUCAUGUCUCGUUCAAACCACUCCCUGGUUGCUAAGGUCAUUUGGACCCUAGCAACAAGAUAGCUGCUGAAACUCCAAACUGAAAAGCUGCUGAACAAAAAAGUUAAGUAACUUAAAAACGACAAAUAAUUGUCUUGGAAUAUUACUCAUUAUAUUACACUAAAAGUUAACUCAAAGGUGAACGAACAUAAAAGUAUUUGAAAAACAGAUUUAUUUAUUUAAGCAUUGCUACAGUGGAUUGUUUUUUUUUAUAGUAGCGACAGUUAACCUUUUAAUUGAAUUAUACCUCUCAAACGAUAGCCUACUCCCCAUAGAGAAUAUCCAAUAUUUAGCCUCCACUUACCAUGCACAGAAACAUUUCCAGUAUAAAGCUAUGAGCAUUUGCAGUUAUUUGCCCCCUGAGAAAACCUAUAGAAUGAGAAAUCCUACACAUCUAGUACUUUAAUGUGCCAAUAAAUUGUCUCUGCUUAAGCUGUA